AUGCAGGAGCUGGGCAUCAGUCUGUCUAUGGCAGGUGUGGCGGGGACCAUCCUGAUAUGUGCCUUGCCCAUGUGGAAGGUGACUGCUUUCAUUGGGACACACCUGGUGGUCAUGCAGGUGUUUUGGGAGGGACUAUGGAUGACCUGUGUAAGCGAAUACACCGGUCAGAUGCAGUGUAAGCUCUAUGAUGCCAUCCUUGACCUGUCUCCAGACUUACAGGCAGCUCGAGGCCUCAUAUGCAUCAGUAUUUUCCUGGGCUGCCUUGGUUUCCUUAUAUUCCUCUUGGGGGCCCGCUGCACUAACUGUCUGAGUCAUCCUGGAGCCAAACAGCGGGUGGUGAUGAGCUCGGGACUCAUUUUCUGCCUGUCAUCUCUCACCACUGUAGUAGCUGUAGCAUGGACGGCCAAUUCUAUCAUCAAUGACUUCUACAAUCCGCGCGUCCCAGAAGUGCUCAAGAAAGAGUUGGGGGCAGCUAUUUACUGUGGCUUUGUGACAUCUGGUCUGGUUUUUAUAGGGGGACUUUUACUGUGCAUUACUUGCCCACCUCAAAGGGCCAAGUUCCCCUCCGCAAGAUACACCAAGGCCAAGAUGCCCACUCCACAGGGCAGUUAUGCUAUAAAAAACUAUGUGUGA